AUGGCAAUGGAAUCGGUGAGCUCAUCGGAGGAGCCUGAGCUUCCCGACCCAAAGGCUUUCCUGUACACGGAUUGCCACCUGCCUAGCAAGAGCCUGGAGGAGCGUGUGGAGCAGCAGACUGCCCAGCCCGGCCCAGGAGAGCCGGAGAGCAAAGCGACCGCGUUCCCGGACACCUGCGAACCCGAGCAGGUGUACACUGGGCACUAUUUUAUAACCACUCUGCUCUACUCGUUUUUCCUGGGUUGCUUUGGAGUGGAUCGGUUCUGCCUGGGCCAUACCGGGACCGCCGUGGGGAAACUGCUGACUCUGGGAGGACUGGGCAUCUGGUGGUUUGUUGAUCUGAUUCUCCUCAUCACCGGCGGGCUGAUGCCCAGCGACGGCAGCAACUGGUGCACCGUGUACUGA